AUGACAGGUGCACAUGACACAGGUCACAUGACAGACUUCACCUGCACAGAACGUCACGGUGUGGAGUACCUACUGAUGCAGAUGACGGCAGUCAACACUCACGUUCUGAUUGGUGGAGUUGACCCAGGACUGUGUAGGGUAGCUGGCCACCUGGCCAGGAAGUACCGCAAACUGUUACUGCCCUGGUCUUGCCUGGAGGUACCCAGCCAUGACCACGACGACUCGCAUACUUCCCACGAGCAACAUGGCGUUCAUCAACAUCAACAUCAUCAACAACAGUUGGAUCAAGACGAGGGUAGCCACGUUGUCUUAGUGACGCCCACAGCCUUGCAGGUAGCAUGGGCGGCGCGGGCGGCACUCGCCCACAUGGGCUGGAGACAUGUGUGUAUCGUCACUCUAGAGAGCAGUUACUGGAGAGGUCUAGCACAGACUGUGGAUGUUGAACUUCGAGCAGUGAGUCAGCAAGUGCCAGUGUUGGCUGUACUGCCAACAUCACCAACGCUACACAACAUUACCAGACUCUACAACCUUACUGCUACACCUUCUAUCAAAGCAUACCUACUGGUGGUACCGUCAACAUCAGCUGUAGUGGGCCAGGUGCUGCGUGUAGCAGAAGCUGAAGGAGUGACCCACCAUGCGGCGUUCUUCAUCCUCGACCCACUCUACGCCCCUACCCCCGCCCACACGCCCACGCCCGCCCACACCACCACCAGAUACCGCCCACUGAAGCAGCUACAGGAGAUGUCUACCGAAGCAGCUAGAGCAGUAAUGGUCCUAGCUCCGGCCACUACAGGUCCACCCAACAUGGCCGCCAGAGCUGGUAAACAAGACUUUAACAUGGAAACUGAUACUCACCUCUCAGCCCCACACAACAUACAACUUGCUGACAAUGUCAAGAGAAAAGUAAGCCCAGAAAGUCAACAAAACGGCAAGGAAAGAGUAAGAAUAGUGACGCCUCAAGCAACUCCGCCACUUCCACUUAAUCAAUCAAUAACAUCAGAGAGCGAGGAGGUGGUGGUGCGGCUGGUCUACGACAGUGUCAGUCUCCUCUCACACAUCCUUAGAACCAACGUCGGCACUUUCACCCUCAGAAGGCGCUCCUACCCCAGCAGGAACCUAACAGAGGAAGAUCUGAAGGCAGCACAUGGUGAAGAUGACAAGGAGGGACUGCCAGGAAAGAAGAAAGAAGGUGAAAAAGUUCGUGGGCGUAGAUCUCCUGUUGGACCCCGUGCCAAGCACUCCUUCAGCUGGUCACCACCAUCGUCACACUUCGAACUCGUCUCUCAAAGGGACCUGACUCCGGCUGACGAGACUCCCGCUCUCCCGAUUCGUGAUCUGAAGGGCGACAUGUAUUUAGCGGAGGAUGAGGCCGAGAGGGAGAGGUUAUACUUCGAAAUGAAGAAACUGGACACUGAGAGAGAAGGAAGAGACUUCGAGAAACGCUUGGAGAGCAUCAUUGGCUCCCGAAGACUCAAAGAAAAUUCCUUCAGCCCCCACAAGAUGACAGAAGGUGGAGGCAAUAACAGGACCCAGAUGCUGGAGAUGCAGCUCAGUAAAGCCACUUUCUUCCCCGCACUCUUGGGGGAGGGUUUUGUCUCAGCUUCAGGAGAGAGGAGCUUCGACUUUCUUGUGUUAGACUGGAGACCUGACUCACAUGAGCUGGUCACAGUUCUUCACCUCACUCACCGCAACACUCACUACGUAGAGGUGUCGGAGGCUGGCGUGGGGGCCCUCCACCACAUAGACUGGGCCCAUGACACGCCCAUACCCAGGGACCAGGAGUGUGGACCCAACACUGUCUGUGCUUACUUGGUUCCUGGAGUUCGUCUUGGACCAGGGUACGUGGUGAUGAUUGUGCUGUGUCUGCUGUUGCUGCUGGCUGCUUGCUGCGGCUGUGCUGCUGUCCUCAGGAAGCGUCUCCGACAGAAGGAGAUGAGUCGAGGUCCUUACAAGAUCCUGCUGGCCUCGUCUGACCUGACCUUGUCCUGCCGACCGGCAGGGGCGCCCAGGAAGGUGGGGGAUUAUGUCUGCAUAGCGGGGUGUGUUCUGUCCGUCUUGCCAGGGUCAGCAGGCACAGCAGAGCGACCUGACCUGUUGAGGGGGUCGUUCUCGUCUCCUCACAGGACAAUCCCUCAUGGAGGACUACUCUCCACAGCACCCUACGCUGCUGCUGCGGCCAACAAGGAUGCUGAGGAGGCCAAGGCUAAGUAUAAUGGAGACUUCGUGCACGUCAAGUAUUUCUACGUCCCCACUGCCAACUUCGAGGUCAAGAACAGGACAAUGACCCUCCUUAAGCAGAUGCGUGACCUGAGGCAUGAAAAUAUUAAUGGGUUCUUGGGAAUGCUGUGUGACCCUGUGCGACCUGGGCUGGUGUUUGACUACUGCAGCCGCAGGUCACUAGAAGACAUCAUCAGACAGGAGGAUAUCAAGCUGGACUGGUCCUUCAGGCUUUCUCUACUCUCCGACCUGGUCAGGGGUAUGCGGUACCUCCAUGCAUCACUCUUGAGGUACCAUGGUCGCCUCACCUCUCGCAACUGUGUCAUAGAUGCUCGCUGGGUCCUCAAAAUCACCGAUUAUGGACUGCCUGGACUCUAUGAGUAUCAGAACCUCAGUCAUCCCAACAAACCUAUCCGGGAUCUACUGUGGAAAGCACCAGAAAUACUGCGAGAUGAGACCAUGAUGACAAAGGGUACUCAGCCAGGGGAUGUCUUCUCAUUUGCCAUAAUUAUGCAGGAGGUCGUGGUCCGUGGUGCACCUUACUGUAUGAUACAACUUACACCUCAAGAGAUCCUGGCUCGCUUGAAGAAGCCACCGCCAAUGAUCAGGCCAUCAGUGUCUAAGGGUGCAGCUCCUCCUGAUGCCAUCAACAUUAUGAAGCAGUGUUGGGCAGAGCUGCCAGAGAUGAGACCAGACUUCAAUGAGAUCAAUGAUCUCUUUAAGAAACUCAACCAAGGCAGACGUCUCAACAUUGUGGACACAAUGUUCCAGAUGCUGGAGAAGUAUUCUAGUAACCUGGAGGAACUCAUCAGGGACAGAACAGAGCAGCUCGACCUGGAGAAGAAGAAAACAGAGCAGCUGCUUAACAGAAUGUUACCCAGUUCUGUGGCAGACCAGCUUAAACUGGGAAUGCCUGUUGCACCUGAGGAAUUUGAUGAAGUGACCAUUUAUUUCUCUGACAUUGUGGGUUUCACUAGCAUCUCUGCCUACUCUACUCCCUUUGAGGUGGUGGACUUGCUCAAUGAUCUCUACACUGCCUUUGACUCUACCAUUAACCACUACAAUGUUUACAAGGUGGAGACCAUAGGUGAUGCCUAUAUGGUGGUGGGUGGCGUACCUACCAUGAUUGAUGACCAUGCUUCACAGAUAGCUACCAUGGCACUUGACCUCCUCCACCUCUCUGGCAAGUUCAGGAUCAGACACCUCCAUGACAUCCCACUCAUGCUGAGAAUUGGCAUUCAUACAGGCCCUUGUUGUGCGGGCGUAGUGGGGAUGACUAUGCCGAGGUAUUGUCUCUUUGGUGAUACUGUCAACACAGCAUCCAGAAUGGAGUCAACAGGAUCAGCCUGGCGCAUCCAUGUGAGUGAGAAGACAUGGUCAGUGCUGCGAGACGUGGGUGGCUACCAUCUGGAGUACCGAGGCCUCACUAAGCUCAAGGGGAAGGGAGAGAUGCACACUUACUGGCUUCUUGGCAAGGAUGGCUUCAAGAAGGAGCUGCCCAUUCCUCCAGAGAUAGGGCUGGAUGAGGAGUUGGUUCGUCUUGGUCGCCAACACUACAUGACUCGGCGUGACUCUAUUGUUGAGCCUCUAACUAGUUCAAAGGGCUUCAGCUCCAUUCAUGCUGCAAAGAUGCAGAAUGAGGCACUGGAAGCAACUAUAAGUGAAUUAAAUGAGGAAGAUAUCCCUGGCAGCUCUGGUGAAGCUCAGACUAGCCUACCCACCACAUUUGACCAGCAAAUCUCAGAAAACUGUGACAUUCCCAGCCAAGAACCACUAGAGGGGGAAGAGCAUAUCAGUCCUGAGGCUGUGAUACCAAGUGAAAGGACUCAUUCAGAGGCUCCACAUAUAGUAGUUAAGGAAGUUAAAAGUUGUAAUCAUGAAAGCUCAAGUACAAAGUCACUAUCAAAAAAUAACUGUAAGAGCAAAAGUCAAAAUAUGGUGCCAAAGAAUAUUUGUGAUAGUGUUGUAGUGCCAAAAACUAAUUCUCAGGAGAAACAGGAAGGUCAUCAUCGGACCAGACACUCUCGUGCUAGAUCCAAGUCUCCUCUGCCCCCUGUGCACACUGCUCAGAUGAACCACAUAAGCUAUGCAUCAGAAAUGGAGCUUCAGGUAGGAGCAAUUAUCACCAGAACUGGAAAUAACCAUGACACCAGGAAUCAUGCACUUCCUGAUGGUAACUACAAGUUAUUCUCCAAAAACAGUUCUGGGGGCAGAUGUGCCAAUGAUGACAAACCUUUUACUCAAACCCCCGACUUCCCACUGGGACCAAAAACUGAGUCAAGCCUAGGGUCCAGUGUGCCCAGUGCACCAUUCCCAUCCAUGCUUUGCCAAAACAAAGUUUUCCAACAACUUGGUAUGUCAUCCUCUACAAGGGACCACACCAGAACCCCUACAAGCUCUUUGGGGACCUGGGGGGAACCUUUACCAUGUCUCCAACAACAGGAAAUGGGAGGGAUGCGCCCCACAGCACUACGGGGAGUGACUGCCGAGUGCCAGGUACACCCACAUACCCAGGAUCCACCAUCACCCACAGAAUCGACGAUGUUGUGACCCCAACCCAAACAAGGCUCAUUACCUUUCUUGUGCACUCUUCCUAAGCUUUUCUGUCACUUCCCAGAUUAUUUCACAUCUUGCAGCAACUUUUUCAGUAGCCAUUGCAUGAAAUCAACAGUCAUCGUCAAUCUCUGUUAUCCAACACCAGAAACAAGUAAGUUAGUUCAUAAACUGAUAUUUUCUAAACUUAAAGAUCACUUGGAACAGUACAUCCUGUUCAUUGCUUCUCAUUCACUGGAUCUGAAACACAUUCAUUCUGCUCUAUUGAGUGGCAUUAUUUUUAUAUUUUUUUGUCAUUGCUCUAUCUUGCCAUUACCUACUGCAGUCCCUAUAUUUCUUGCAAGUCAUGUCUCAUGCCUUUUACUUGCUAUUCAAUACUCUCAUUUAUUUCACACUUUGCCCUUUUCUGGCCAUUUCACGAGAUUUCAUCAUUGGUCUGAGCAGGGUGAUGGGCAAAGAUGUUUAUGCAAGUUGUGACAGGGAAGUGCAUGUCAUAGCUCUUGACACUUUUCUUUAACCUGUCUAGGUUCAAUAAGGUACAAGGUUGUUAACCAUUCUCAAGAGACCUAAAAAUGGAACCCCACAGUUUUAUAAUGCGAUUAUGAUAGUACUUGUCACCAUUAAACAAUUACUGGUUUCUGCCCACACAAUACACGAGUGUGCAGAGAUGCAGCUUCUGAGGAUUUCACGAAGCUACUGCUUUCUUCCUCUAGUGACUUUUAACAUUAAGCAUAUACUUCAGUCUCCUAGUAUAUGACUAUUUUUACAAUGAACCUUAAUUUCACUGUCCUCAGUGACUAUCUUGAUGCUCUCCCGUCCUUUGAAUAUGUUGACAUCAAACUCGCUCUCUGUACUAUAUGGUGAAUAUUUUUAUAGUUCAUAAUCCUCGAGAUUCCUUCAAGUAACUUUUGUAUGUGCAAAAUAUCUUAAUUGUCUUCACUAACCAUCACUUCCAUUCAUCAAGUAAAACCUCCAUCUUUAUUCCCUGCCCUUAAUUUCCAAAUUCCUCCUCGCCCCUUGAGUCAUCUGUGAUUUUCCAUGCCAUAAGAGCUAACUUUAAGGCAGAAGUGCAGAGUUGUAGUCAGUGUGACUGCGUUCAUGCUGAUUGAUUAAAGAGACACACUUUUUGCUACAAGUAUUUAGGCGACUGUCUACGAUUGAUAGGAUGUACUCUGUCGUAGGGUUUUUCCUGCUCAUUUCCUGAAAAGUGAGCUUCUUCAGACGUCCAGUCCACUGCACAACUAUUCAUAUUUAUAUCUGUAGUAGUAAUAGAUAAGAAUUGUUUAUUUAACAUUAUAAUUAUAUUAAUUUAUCUAAUAGAAAUAAGAAUUUAUUUUCAUGAAGUAUCAAAUACAUUUUAUAUCUCAGUUAUGUGAAUGCUGUAAUUACCUGAGGGAGAUCAAAGGCAUGUGAUAUGAGGAGUGAAGAGUGUAGUAGGCACUGGCAUGCUUGUUGUCUUUUGCGCCGCGUCUCGAUGAACGCAGUCGGCUGGUAGUCUCGUCUCUCUCUCAGAUAAAUGGUUGCCAACAAUCUUUACAAUAAACUUGGUCUCUG